ACUCGACUCGACUCAUUGAUCGCAGGCACCUGAUCGAGACUAGAAUAGAAAGCCAGUGCUUCAGAAUACUUCUCUAUUAAAGCAAACCUUAUUCAUCUCUUUCUUUAGCUAAUGCCGCUGUGAAUUAUGCCAAUUCAACCUACUUCACGUCCAUCAACAUAAUGUGAAAUAGUUACGAAUGGAAACAUGAAAAUCACUCGCGUUUGUGUUUAUGCAUGAGCGGCAUCAUUGGUCAUUCACUGGCCCUAUCUCUCGGCGUACAAGUGUGGCAGUGAACCGUAGCUCAGCUCUCAGCAGCUAGCAGCCUGCAGUCACAGGUACUCUCCGCUCAACUCAGUGACUUUACAGACAGUCUCAAACUAAGUGUGAACCGGAUCGAAGAAAGAUGGGUGGAUCAAGAGCACUAUUCUAUCCUACUCUGUACUGGAAUGUAUUCAUGAAGAAUGUGACAUCAAGAAACUGGUAUGACAGAAUAGAUUCAACCGUCAUAUUGGGUGCUUUACCAUUCAGGAGUUAUAUCGACCAGCUAAAAGAAGAGAAUGUAAAAGGCGUUAUAUCUCUGAAUGAAGAUCAUGAGCUGAGAAGACAUGCUCCUACUGUAGAGGAAUGGAAAAAUCAUGGAAUAGAGCAUCUUCAGCUCCCUACAGUAGACUUCACCGAGGCCCCUAGCCUGGAGUACUUAGAAAGAGGUGUAGAGUUCAUUCAACAGCAUGCUAAUGAUGGUAGCAGUGUGUACGUACAUUGUAAAGCAGGGAGAACUAGGAGUGCUACACUAGUGGGCUGUUAUCUUAUGAUGAUGAACCAUUGUACUCCUCAGGAAGCACAGACCUUCAUGGAAGCAAAGCGCCCUCAUAUCCUGCUCAAAGACAGACAUUUCAGAGCUUUAUAUCGCUAUUAUGAUAAACAUGUCAAGAAAGCUCGUCCCAACAAAGACAAAAGAACAAGUGAGCCUCAAGAUACCUAAAUGUACAUGGACAUUGGACUAUUAUUUCUACAAAGAGAGGAAUUGAUCGAUCAAUUAUGUCACGAUACAUCAUGAAGCUUAUGAGUGCACUCGGUAUUCAUGGUAAGGUACAAAUGUAGUAUUCUGUGGUAUGCAUGCAACUCACACUGGAGAGUGCUAAGUUUGUGUGAAGUUUAUGAAUAUAUAUUUUCAGUCAAGAUUUUAAAAGGAAGCUAUUCAGUACAAACAUGAAAGGAAAACAUGGGGAUAGUAAAUACAAGUAACAGUAAUUUCUUUUUAAAAUGCUUGUUUGUUUGUUUCAAACCCAUGAGUUUUAUUUUCAUUUACUUUCAUGAAAGCAAGAUUUCUGACAGUAAGUUGUCAUAUAUUAUCUUUUUCUACCAGAGCUCUUCAAAAACCAAUAAGAGCUCUGGUUUGAACAAAUGCAUGAAUAAAGAAUCAAUACCAUUAUUAUGUCAAAAUCACUGUCAGAAAUCUCGCUUUUAUGAUAGUCAUUAUUAAAAAUGUUUGUCACAUUAUACAUUUGUGUAAACUUUUAUUUUCUUAGUUAUUGAGGGCAGAAUAGAUUAGUUUCAUGCAAGGUUGUAUAAUAACAUGUUUGCAGUAUUAUGAUUUAUGGUGCAGGUACAUGUAUAAUAGAAAAUUUUGUUUAGGGAAGAUUGUAAUUCUGAUUUAAAAACAAUUACAGAGCAAAGGGAGGGACCUCACAAUAUAUUUCAUAGAGUUGCCAUUUUACGUUUUGAUUGAUCACACUGAUCUGUUCCUUCAUUCUUCUGUUGAUAUUGAAACUAAUUUAAUAUCAGUGUGAACUUUCCUUUAAUAUGUGUAGAUUGUUUGGUGUAAAAUUUGUAUGUACAGUACAGCCAUGUCUCAUGCACCCUGUACACAUUGCCUGCUCCCCCCCCCCCCCCCCACAUUCCAUCUCUUGAGACUAUAUAGGAUUCAAUGUGGACCCCCUCCCCUUCCUUGUGAUACUAUUUAUUGUGGAACCCAGGUAUAGGAGAGACUUUAACAUAUUUAUAGGUAACGGUAUGAUGAGAUUUGUCACUCGACCAGACACACAAGAAUUUAUUUGUCAUACUUAAAUAGUAUACUAUGGGAUUUAGUGCUCAAAAUGACUGGUUGACCAUAUGUGACCAUGAGUAAAUCCUGCAUUACAUUAUUUUCAAGCAACCUAAAGGUAUCUUCCUUGCAUUCCUUGGAGGCAUGUAAACUCUAUGUACAUGUAUGUCAUUGUCACUGUAAUUUACCAUCACAAUGUAAUAAAGCUACUGUAGCAACUAAGCACAAAUUGUCUGGGUAUCCAAAUAAAAAGUUAAAGGGAGUGACUUGGACUUGCACUUCAAACUUCACAUGAAUUUUAACUAUCCUAUGAUGAUAGCAAGACCACUUCUUUGUUUGCACAGCCUGACCUCAAACCAGUCUUUAAAAGAAAAGUGACAGAUCUAGGUCACAGACGGACUUCCCACUGAGCCCAGAAUAUCAAUGGUACAGCAGUAUGGAGUUUCUCUUCAAGACAAUUGGUUACAUUGUAAAAGAUGACCUAAUGAUGUAUAAACGUCCUGAUCUUGUCUUCUCCAUGAAGUGAGUCGACCACCAGGCUCCUUCGCGCACUGGUCCUACCUGUCCACAUGUUCAUUGUAAGAUUUAAAAUGCUUCAAAAACCCAUAGGCCGGUAUUCUUAAGUCGUUUCUAACUUAGUCAUGACUAAAGUUAAACAACUGUUGAGUUAGACAGGAGUUAAACACAAGGUCGCAGUCAUGACUAAAUUAAGACCAGUCUUAGACAUGACUUUAAACAACAACUUAGUCAGGACUUCAGAAUACUGGCCUAUACAGUUUUUACUGACUUAUGUGAACAAAUCCUUACUGUUAUACAAAAUCAAUAAUCGGACUCUCAUAAUCAACCGUUUAGACUAAUUACACCCUGUUUGUGGUUGUUUUGUACAGAGUAGGUCUUGUAACUCCUCUGAGGACACAGCACUAUUUUAUUGUAUUUUCAUUUUGUAUAAAGAACAUUCAAUUGCAAGGAUGGGAUACUUGAUUAAAUGAGGAUUAACUUAUCAAUUUCAACACAUUGUAGCAGUCUAAAUGUAAGUUUUAAACAUUUGAUAGAUGUUGUACAUAGAUCUAGAAAGGCAAAUUCUUUCAAAGCCUUCUGAAUUCACUUUACAGCAGCUUGCAUGGACUGUGCCUUACACAAUUUGCUACUUUCAAGUUGAAAUGCAUAUUCAUUUUUCUUUCAGUGAAUCUGAUUGGUGGAAACAGAUUAAAAAUAGGAGGGGAAUAUUUUGAUGAUGCAGGAGUUCGAAAUGCCAAUUAAACUUUCAUAAAUACUGAUAUAGAGGUUAUUGCUCAAUUAACUGAGGGGCUUAAGACGAAAGUUCAGAGUAAAGUUAAGUCAGCUUUCAGUGCACACACCCAAUGAAGACGUUAGCUUAUACUUGUGACUAUAUAGGUAAUAGACCAUCUCUUAAUUUAAUUUAGUAUAUCAUGUGAGGUCUUCCAAAGGUUGGUUCAUGAUGAGUUGCCUUUAGUGGAAUGAAGAACUCUUUUUUUCAAGUGUUUGUUUUCAGUCAGUUCCAAGCUUUACUGAAUAUCAUUUCCAGAUAUAUAUAUUUUCAAAAACACGUACUAUAGAUAGUUUCAUGAAAAUCUACAAACUUAUGUUAUAACAAACUAAUUUGAGGUACUUUCACAAUCAGGCCUAAAAAAAGAUGUUUUAUUGCUCUUUAGGUGCCAAAAUAUGGCUCAGUCAGUCGGAAAUCUUUUUAAUUUUUUUUCUUCCACUUUGGGCUGAUAUUUCUCAGUUUUGAAUGCUUCAAUACUUAUUUUUAUAUUCAUUUAACAUUUUUUUCUCUAAAAAACAGUAAUCCCUUUAAAAAACCGCCCAUAGAUUUCGUGAUUUUGGGGUCUUUCGCAAAUGGCAAGACAACAUUUUUUUUUUUGUAAUGCCUUAUGGAGCUCUCUGCCAAUCAUUGAUUGAAUUUGUAAAACAUUCACAUUUAUACAGCUUUGUUACAAAAUGAAUAAAAACAAAACCUAGUGUAAAUCAUUCCCUACCAAACUUUUAUACAAUUCAAUAUUCCAUAAAUUUGAUGAAUUAUUGAAAGGAAACCCAAAUGCUGUUAAAGUAUCUCAUAUCAUAUUGUUAAUUUGUGGGUUUUAUUUAUUACAAUGUCUAUAAUAUCUAAAUAAAGUUUAUCUUGAAAUAUCAUUCUGUAUUGCUUGGAAUUGACCUUUGCUAGUGUUCAUUUACUCUCUUGUUAGCUAUAUUGCAUAUAACCUUGAAUGAGGUUUAAUUGUACAAUACUCUCCUUCACAUGAAUUGAUUCCUUUAUUAUGUAAGAUUAUAAAUUGUAAGAAAUAAAUUGUUAGGUAAAGGCAUAAUUGAAAUUUUCAUGCAGAAUUGGUAAAAGUUUGCCUCUUAGAUGAAUAGUGGAUGCCAUUGUAAAGAUUACUUUCAUCAUAUGAAUCAUUCUGUAACAUAUUUGAAUUGUAAAGGGCAAAUAUGACAUGGAAAAUGUCAUAGUGAAAAGGGCACUAUAUAUAUAUAUAUAUGUAUACAUAGCGUAUCACCUUUAAUCAUGCAGCUGGAGAUUUGACAAUUCUGUGUGAGUACUAUGAUAUCCAAGAGAUAGUAAACUUGAUCAGAGAAGCAAUUCAUGACUUGUAUGUGAUUGUGGACCCACAGGAUCAGUGACGCCCUUGAGAGGCUGAAGGGUCCAAACGAAAUGAUGAUCAGUUAUGAACUCACAACACUCCUGCAUGCUUCAAAGCUUCUUCAAGCACAUCACUGAAAGGUGGAAGAGGGCAUUAAUGACAAUAUUUAAUCUGAUAUUCCAUUCACAGCUAAAUACGACAAGCUGCCGAUUUAGAUAAUAUGCAAAAUAUUAUAAUUACUAAAAGUUGAGGUGUAUUAUGUCUGCCAUGCCAUGGUGAGGAUUCUUUAAAAAAAAAAAAACUCUUUUUACACUUUGUAUUUUUUAUAUCUCAUGUCUCCGUAUAUCAUUUAUUUGCAAGGUAAUUUUGAUGGUUUAAUUAAAUGCAUUAAGAGGCUUUCAUUGAUACAAACUUAUCAUAAUAUAUAGUUUUCACUUAUUACUGCAUAAUAUAUGCCUCUUGUCAGGAAUUGAAGUGAGACUCUCAAUUUUGACUCAAGGUUUACGAUCAGCUGAUAUUUGUAAGUGUUAAAUUCAACAACAUCUGCUUUCUAUAAGGUCUUGCACAGAUUUCUGAACAAAUAUAUAAUAUUGAUUUUAUACAAAA